CUCCUGUUUCCCUCCCGUCGCCGCGACCCGGUAGUCGACAGACCACGUUGAGAGCUGCCGAGACACCGUAGAACUGUACGAGCUUCCGGGAUUCACCUCGGCGGCGGCGACUCUUCUCUGACGCCCACGGGCACGAGGUUUGGAUCUCAGGCGUCCUGUCUGCCAGGCCCGCGGUGGCGCGUGACUCUCCAUCGCUGGGUUAGGGGCCACCAGUGGCUGCUUUCUUUUAAAAUGGUGGUAAAGAAGAGGAAAGAAAUACAAGUUACUGCAUUGACCAUUUGUCAUCAGGACCUUGAAACUUUGAGAACUUUGGCUGAUGUGGAAAGAGAAAAUCUGGCUUCUUUGCUAUUACAUUGUGUACAACUCAGCGAUGGAGUGUCACAAAUUCGUUAUGUUAAACAGAUUGUGCCUUUACUGGAGAAGGCAGAUAAAAACGGCAUGUGUGAUCCCACUAUUAGAAGUUGCCUGGAUAUUUUAGCAGGCAUUUAUCUUUCUUUGAGUCUAAAGAAUCCCUUGAAGAAAGUCUUGGCAAGCUCACUAAAUUGCCUGCCUGAAUUUUUUCUUACUGAGGCCAUACAAAGUUUUACUUCUCGUCUUCAGGGAGAAUUGAAUACUACUGAUCUAUACUCUUAUAGGAAAGUAAUUGACAAUAUAUCUUCCUGUAUGGAGAACUUUAAGUUGGGUAUAACAAGCAUUAAUAAUCUUCUUGAAAAUGUGCUUCAUUUUCUACAGAAGAGUUUAAUUGAAAUCACAGAAGAAAAUAGAAAAUUUGCUGGAAAUCAUAUUGUUCAAACGCAGUUGAUGAAUGACUUAUUGGUAGGCAUUAGAGUUUCAGUAAUGUUAGUACAGAAAGUUCAAGGCCUCCAGAGAAUUAAUUCAAACGUUUCCAGUUCUCCCACAUGGCAGAGUAUGUGUGAACUGCUGAGUAUUUUUACCAAGUUUUUAAAUGAUGAUGACCUCUUGCAGACAAUUCACAGUACAUCUGGAUUAGCUGUUAUUCUUUUUAUUAAGGCUAUGUUUCAUCCACCUGAAAAGAUUCCUGAUUUGAUUAGUAGUUUGCUUCUCUGUUCUGUGGACUGCACGAGCGCCCCGGAGUGGUUUGUGCACUCCUGCAGGAGCCUCUGUGGUGCUGAUGUCUCCGAGUCAGCUCUCCUGUUCCUGUGUCAGGGGACACUCACCAUGUUGGACUGGCAGAAUGGGAGGAUGGGCCCACGUGGGGAGGCCCUGCUCUUGGAUACUGUGCAUGUUCUGUUCACCUUGAGUUCACAGAUCAAGGAAUCAACUCUAGAAAUGUUUCUGUCUAGAAUUUUGGCAUCUUGGACUAACUCUGCCAUACAUGUUCUUGAAUCAAGCUCCCCAAGCCUAAAGGACAGUCUGAAUGGGAAUGCAAGCAUAGCUAGAAGACUUUUGGAAUAUGUCUAUACCCACUGGGAACACCCAUUGGAUGCUUUGAGACACCAAACCAAAAUCAUAUUCAGAAACAUUCUCCAAAUGCACCAGCUCACUGUUGCAGAGUCAAAGCUAGAAAAAUCAGAUUUGGCUGCUGAUCCUUUCAUUUUUGAACUGACCCAGAGUCUCCUGCGAUUGGAAUGGCAUAUUAAAGGGAAAUACAUAUGCCUUGGUUGUUUAGUAGAUUGCAUAGGAACUGAACAUAUUUUGGCAUUAGCUAAAACUAUUCCAUCGCAAAUCUUAGAGGUGAUGGGAGACCAGUCAUUGGUACCUUAUGCAAGUGACCUCUUAGAAGCCAUGUUUAAAAAUCAUAAGAGUCAUUUGAAAUCUCAGGCUGUCGACAGUACUUGGAUUGAUCAGUGGCAUGAGACUUGGGUUUCUCCUCUCCUUCACAUACUGUGUGAAGGAAAUCUGGAUCAAAAAUCUUAUGUGAUUGAUUAUUACUUGCCAAAAUUAUUGAAUUGCAACCCUGAAAGCUUAAGCUACAUGGUAAAGAUUCUUCAGACUUCUGCUGAUGCUAAAACUGGGUCAUAUAAUAGUAGAGGGGCUCUGGGAGCUUUGAUGGCAUGUCUGCGAACAGCUAGAGCUCAUGGACAUCUUCAGUCUGCAACGGAUGCCUGGAGGAGUCUUGUGUCCAGUGCAAAAAUAAAGCAGGGCUUAAUUCAUCAGCACUGCCAAGUACGGAUAGAUACACUAGGCUUGCUUUGCGAAAGUAAUCGAAGCACCGAAAUUGUUUCCAUAGAAGAAAUGCAGUGGAUUCAAUUCUUUAUCACAUACAAUCUUAACAGUCAGUCUCCAGGAGUGCGGCAACAGAUUUGUUCUCUUCUUAAAAAGUUGUUUUGUAGGAUACAGGAAAGUUCUCAGAUGCUUUAUAAACUGGAGCAAAAUAAAUCCAAACAUGAACCAGAGAAUGAGUUAAUCAAACAGCACCCUUCUGUUUCUUUACAUCAGUAUAAGAAUUUCAUGUCAUCCAUUUGCAACAGCCUUUUUGAAGCAUUGUUUCCUGGCUCUUCCUACCCAACUAGAUUUUCAGCUUUAACCAUUUUAGGCUCAAUAGCUGAAGUUUUUCCUGUCCCAGAAGGUCAAGUCCAAACAGUGUAUCAGCUGAGUCAUGAUAUUGAUGUUGGUCGUUUCCAAACACUAAUGGAAUGUUUUACUAGCACUUUUGAAACAGUGAAACUUUUAGCAUUUGAUCUUCUGAUGAAGUUACCAAGAACAUUUAUACAAUUUCAGGAUUCAGAGAAACUGCAAGACUUAUUCCAGGCAGCACUGGCUCUCAGCACCAGCACCAAACCAUAUGACUGUGUAACGGCUUCCUACCUGCUGAACUUCUUAAUCUGUCAGAAUGCCCUGCCGUCAUCUCUGUCGGCCUAUGUAAAAGCUCAGCAGGCUGCAUGUGGAAAUGGAGAUAAGUCUGCUGCUGUGGUAGAAAGGAACACAUUGAUGGUUAUCAAAUGCUUGUUGGAAAAUCUUGAGGAAGAAGUAUCUCAGGCUGAAAAUUCGUUGCUUCAGGCAGCAGCUUCAUUUCCAAUGUAUGGGCGAGUCCACUGUAUAACAAGGGCUUUCCAGAAGUUACCUCUAAACAGCCUGCAGUUGGUGAGUGAAUGGAGACUUGUGGUGCAGCAGCUCCUUCUGAUGUCCUACAGGCUUUCUGCUGUGGUGGCUCCCGUCAUUCAGAGCUCAUCCCCAGAAGGCCUCAUCCCAAUGGACACUGAUUCAGAGUCAGCAAGCCGCUUACAGAUGAUUCUGAAUGAGAUUCAGCCACGAGAUACUAAUGAUUAUUUCAAUCAAGCCAAAAUAUUGAAAGAACAUGAUAGCUUUGAUUUGGAGGACUUGAAUGCCAAUGUACCAAAUAUUGAUACUUCUGCAGAAAUCAAAGGUAAAGAAGAAAAAACAUGUGAUGUAACCGCUCAGAUGGUGCUGGUAUGCUGUUGGAGAAGUAUGAAGGAAGUUGCUUUACUUCUAGGCACACUGUGCCAGCUUCUACCCAUGCAAUCCGUGCCAGAAUGUUCUGAUGGAUUACUGACUGUGGAGCAGGUAAAAGAAAUAGGAGAGCACUUUAAACAACACCUUUUACAGUCCAGGCACAGAGGAGCAUUUGAAUUGGCUUACACGGGCUUUGUGAAACUCACUGAAAUACUAAACAGAUGCCCUAAUGUGAGUCUGCAAAAGCUACCAGAACAGUGGUUACGGAAUGUUUUAGAGGAAAUUAAAUGCAGUGAUCCUUCAUCUAAACUCUGUGCUACAAGGCGCAGUGCUGGAAUUCCUUUCUACAUACAGGCACUGUUGGCAUCUGAACCUAAGAAAGGCAAAAUGGAUUUGUUGAAAACAACAAUGAAAGAGUUAAUCUCUUUGGCUGGGCCUACUGAUGACUCACAGAGUACAGUUCCCCAGGUUCAUGCUUUAAAUAUUCUUAGAGCCUUGUUCAGAGAUACACGUCUGGGAGAAAAUAUUAUUCCUUAUGUUGCUGAUGGAGCUAAGGCUGCAAUUCUGGGCUUUACAUCACCAGUCUGGGCAGUGAGAAAUUCAUCCACACUUCUCUUCAGUACCUUGAUCACAAGAAUAUUUGGAGUUAAAAGAGGAAAGGAUGAACUUUUCAAAAAAAAUACAAUGACAGGGAGUGAAUUUUUUUCUCGUUUCCCGGAACUCUACCCUUUUCUUCUCAAGCAGUUAGAAGCUGUAUCCAAUACUGUGGACAGUGACAUAGGAGAACUAAACCGUCAGCCCAGCAUGUUUCUCUUACUGUUGGUGUUGGGGCGACUCUACCCUUCCCCGAUGGACGGCACCUGUUCUGCACUCAGCAUGGCACCUUUUAUCCCCUUCAUUAUGAGAUGCGGUAACUCACCUGUCUACCGCUCUCGUGAAAUGGCAGCUCGUGCCUUGGUUCCAUUUGUUAUGAGAGACGAAAUCCCCGCUACCGUCCAAACUCUGUUGGCCAAACUCCCCAAUUGCACUGACCAGUGUUUCCGGCAAAACCAUAUUCAUGGGACGCUUCUCCAGGUUUUUCAUUUGUUACAAGCCUUCUCGGACUCCAAACACAGAAUGAAUGCGCACUUUCAGCAGGAGCUGGCUGAUGUUGCUGUUUGUACCACAGCCAAGCUCUGGCUGGCCAAGAGGCAAAAUCCAUGUUUGGUGACCAGAGCUGUGUAUAUUGAUAUCCUCUUCCUGUUGACUCGCUGCCUUGACAAACCCACAAAAGGCAACCAGCCAGUUCUGGAGCAUCUUGGCAUAUGGGAGGAAGUCAGAAAUAUCAUCUCAAGAUCAGAGCUAAUAACAGGAUUCCCCUAUACCUUCACGGUGCCAGGCCUACCUCAGUACCUCCAGAGCCUCACCAAACUAGCCAUCGCUGCCGUGUGGGCAGUGGCAGUCCAGCCUGGAGAACAGACACGGGACGUUCCCAUCUCCUUCUCUCAGCUGUUAGAGUCUUCUUUCCCUGACGUGCGCCUGCUGACACUGGAAGCCCUGUUGGAAAGGUUUUCAGCAGCAGCCUCGGGAUUAGGAGAGAAGGAACUGCCACCCUUGUUGUGGAAUAUGGGAGGGACGUUCUUGAUGUUGGCAAUGAAGGAAAAUCACCCAGAAUGCUUCUGUAAGAUACUGAAAAUUCUCCAUUGCAUGGACCCCAGUGAAUGGCUUCACCAGACGGAACACUGUAUCCAUCUAACCCCAAAGGAGUUCUUGAACUGGACCAUGGAUAUUGCUUCCAAUGAAAGGUCUGAAAUUCAGAGUGCAGCUCUGAGGCUUGCCUCCAAAGUGAUUGUCCACCAUAUGCGGACGAGUGAAGAGACCAGGGACUCUAUGGCCCCCAAACUGAAGCAGUGGGUUCAGUUGGUCGUCUCAUCUUGUGGAGAUCACCUUCCCACGGAGUCCAGGCUGGCCACCGCUGAAGUCCUCACCAGCACCACACCAUUUUUCCUCACCAACCCCCAUCCCGUGCUUGGACUGCAGGAUACACUUGCCCUUUGGAGGUGUGUCCUCACCCUCCUGCAGAGUGAGGAGCCAGCUGUCAGAGACGCCGCCACGGAAACAGUGACGACCGCCAUGUCCCAAGGCAACACCUGCCGGUCAACAGAAUUUGCCUUCUGCCAGGUGGAUGCCUCCAUCGCACUGGAUAUGGCCCUGGUUGUGCUGUGUGACCUGCUCCAGCAGUGGAACCAGCUAGCUCCUGCACUCCCAGUCCUGCUGGGAUGGCUGUUGGGAGAGGGCGAUGACCUCAUGGUCUGUGUGGAGAGCGAGCAUCAGGUGGAAGAAGACUACCUGUUUGAAAAAGCAGAAAUCAACUUUUGGGCUGAGACCCUGAUCUUUGUGAAAUACCUCUACAAGAACCUCUACCAUCUCCUCUCCAAGUCCAGCUGGCAUCCCCUGAGCCCUGAGAGGCUCUGUCAUCUUCAAAGGACAGCGUCAGAGCAGUGCCACCUCCUUUCCCAGCUCUUGAAAGAGCUGCCACCACCUGCUGCGUUCCUGAAGACAGUGGAGUUCACGAGACUGCGCAUUCAGGAGGAAAGGACCUUGGCUUGCCUGAGGCUGCUGGCCUUUUUGGAAGGAAAGGAAGGGGAAAACACCCUAGUUCCCAGUGCUGCUGACUCUCCAGCAGAAGCAAAUCAGUUAACUCUUCCAGGAACAGAAAUGGCUUGUUGAAGAAAGAAGACUUGCUGGAGGGUGAGGGGGGGCGGGGUGGGGUAAAGGUGGAUUAGUCCCCACUAAACCUGCAGGAAAUAUGUUGAACAUAAAUUCACUUUUUUUUUUUUUUUUGCCCUUCAUACCUCCCCGACUUCUGUGAGUCCAGUCUUUCUACAGAGGAGUUUUUCAUCAGUUCACUCAUUCAAGGCAGCCUGGUUUAUUGCAGCUACUGUAGGAAGUGAGGCUACCUCGUUGAAUAUUUGCUCUGUUCCCAGGUGCAGGCCACCUGUGGGCCUGAAUUAGUCUUUUUCAUCCCCCCCAGGACCUCUAAUGUCCAGCCAUAGCCAGCCUGCAUUUUCUGUGAAUUGACUGCUUAGAAUUGGGUUUUGACACAUGAUUCCCACCUCCCCCCCCUUUUUUUUUUGGCUGGAUGUAGGAGCUGGAUUCGUUGGCAAACGGCCCAUUUGGUCAGAAUUCUAAACUUUAUUCCAUUUUAGCUAAAGCAGAAAUAUGUUCCAAAUGUUGGAUGGAUCCUGAGAGUAUUAAGGAUCAACUUCAUACAAAUAUGGUUUUCAUUAUUGCCCGCAUGUGUGAGUCCUGAGUGACCUACACAUGCCAUUCUAAUUAUUAAAAGAGCCAUUGAGAGCUCCUACCCCAGAAAAAGGUGUUUGUGCUAAUACUAGGAUACCUGAUUUAGCUGCCCAGUGAAAGCAUAGCCUCUUGGCUGUUAGAAGGAACCUGGGGAAAGGAGAGCCAGAAUAAAUGGUGUAUUUGAUGCCUACACUGUUUACUAUCAUUUUCUUAGUGACAAUAACAAAGGGUUUCUUAUUUAGGAGCCAGAAAAUACAUUGAUCCAUUUCAGUGAUUGAAUCUAGCAAGCCUAAGGGUUUUCUUCCUCAGACUCCCAGCAGGUGUCACUCUUGCAUACAUUUUGCUGCUGGUCCUGUUUUUCAUUGACUUGCCAUUUUUAAUUUAUCUCAGAGUAACUGUAACCCUCAGGCAGUUAUCUUGAAAUUCGUAGCUUGGAUGGGUCAUAGCCUCAUCCACAUUCAUUUUUCAUCCUAGUUAUCUGAAAAAGCCAUUUCAGCAAUCGUACAUAAACCUGGCCCAGCUUUUAGGAUCUGUAAAUAUUUUAAAAUACUUUUCAGGUGAGCAGUCUCUUAGAAUUAUAUUAUUGAUGUUUGAGGGUCUGAAGAGGCAGUUUAGAGAAGAGAGAGUUUGAUAUGGUCAUUUCCUACUGCAGAAAGGCUUUUAUUUCAGGUAUAAUUUGUCUCUCUCUGAAAGAAAACCACCUAACACUAAAAAUACAGCCACACUAGAAGUAUAAAGAAAUGGCUCUUUAGGGAGGGAGAAAAGUUGACUUAGUGUCCAAAGUUUUGUCUUAGCGAGAAUAGGCGAUUCCUUUGCUGGUUUUGCACCAUUCAGCUCAAAGUGUGGUGUGUGUUUUUUUGUGAUCCUAAAUUAAUUUCCUGGUUAGGCAUCUGUGUGACUCACGUACACUUGAUGGGAGGUUGCCAACCUAAUAUUUCUUUUGUUCUGAGAAGGCCUGGCUGGUGAGAAGUCAGGGAAUUGUUGGCAUGAUGUGCUGAUAACCAUGGUAGAAUAUUAUGAAACUGGCCCCAGCAAAGUCAAGCAUUCCCUUUUUUUCUCCAUUUAAAAUGAAAUACAAGCAGUUGCAUAAUAAAAAAAAUGUUUUACACCAGCAGGGACUCUGUACCAAAGCAUGAACUAUAGCAUGUUUAUAUGUUAUCUACAGAAUCCUUCUACCAAGCCUGCAAAGUGGGUGUUUACAUAGCUGUUGACUAGGCAGAAUUACCCUAGGAUUUGAUCUUGGCUGGUUGUGGACAGCCUGGAAGGACAGGAGGGACAGAUGUGUCACUGGUUUUGUAUCUGAAAUCCUGUUGCUCACCUCCAAUACCAGUGGCUAGGGAAAUGGCUAUCCUACACUUUCCUGAUUCCCAGGGAAACUGUAGAAUACCCUACUGUCAGGGCCACCGUCAAAUUGUUGUCUUUGGGGUUAUUUCAACAAAGAACAAAACAGAACAGCCAGGGUUCUAGGAGCGUCAGCAGCAGCACUACUUUGUGAUGUGAUUAGCAAAGCCAGCUCUAUCUAGGGGCCAGGGAAGGCUGGGUCAGUCAUAAGAAUGAAACAGUCACCCAAAGGCAAUAGUGUGGUAAAGGC